AUGGCCCUUCAGAGUCGACUACAGGUUAUUUCUGGAUUCGCCUACAUAAUUCCCUCUGCGCAGUAUGUUUAUCAUUUGAUUAUGACUCCAUAUGGGCUAUGUAUUGUUGACUGUUCUGGUAUGGCACGCACUCUGAGUGCCCUAAAUGAAAGAAGUAGUGUAGAGGGUGGGAAGUUAGGUGUACAAUUUACCGGUCGUCCAAAAACCACGCUGGAUGGCAACGUUGUGGAUCCCCUAUACCUACACAGUAAUGUAAGCGGAGCUCCAUUUCAUUUGCGCCUCUAUCAUUAA